CGAGCUCAACCCUUCUGGAGUGUUGGCAGUUUCGACGUUUCAUCGCAGAUCUUGCCCUCAGCGUGGCUCAUACAAGCGCACUGAAUCGCAAUUGGCUCGUAUCAAUGACCUCAAGGUGACCUUUCGUCCCGUGCGCAUCGAUGGCGUAUCGGUCUGGCGGCCGGCGAGGCGGCCGAGGGCGAGGGGGAGGCGACUUCUAUCGCGGGAGGGGCCGUGGCGGCGGAUACCAACAGGACGGCUACUAUCAGGAUGGGUAUGAUGACCCACAAUAUCAGCAUCACCAGCCGCCGGUGCUGCAGCCGGCGAGGGGCGGGAGGGGCGGCCAGUCGUACUACAAUGGGCGUGGCGGUGCGUACGAGCCGUUCGGUCGGGGAGGGAGGGGCGGCAAGAGGAAUGCGGGUGACACCGAUGGGAUGGCAGACCAUGGAGGCGGGCCGAGGAGGCGGGGAGGGCAGGGGGGCGGCAACCCACUUGUCUACUGCAGACACUUCAUGGACGGUAGGGAUGCAAGACAGACAGACAGACAGACACACAGAUAGAUUGGUGUGAGCGAAUGGAUUGGAUGGUGUGUUUGUGUCCGUGUGGCUGCAGGCACUUGUCAGGCACGUUCGUCUCCGUGCGGGUAAGAACGAACAUCUGUCCCACUGAGUCUGUAUCUCCAACUUGUGUGUGUGUUUGCCUGCCCGUGUAGUUUUAAGCACGGGCUGUUGAGGCUAGGCGGCAUGCCCAAGGCGCAUAGCAACGGUCGGUGAGAGAGAACCACUAACAUGGCAAUCACGGCACAGGAGGGACAGAGAGAUGACGGAGAUGAUUGCAUUCUCUUGCCUGCUUGUGUUUAGGCAUCGACGCCAUGUUGAUUCAAGAGAACCCUGAGGACAGCACCAAGCCGAUCCUCUGGACAGGGUCGAGAGACGGCAAACUCAAGGUGCAAUGACCGACCGACCGACUGACUGACUGACCGAUCCUUUGCCCACACGGCAAAGCAUGGCAUCCCUCCAUCUGUGUGCUUGCUGUCUGUGUGUCUGACUGUCUGUCUGUGUGUGUGUGUGCAGAUGUGGGAGAUGGUUGAGCAGGACGGCAGCCGGCUGCAGUUCAGGGAGAAGCAGGACACCAACAUGCAGGGCUGCAACGUCACGUCGCUGCUCUACGCCGGAGAUGGGUACACACACUCACACACAUGGCUGGCUGGGCGACGUGACCAUAUCCUUCAUCCCUCCAUGCUCACGUGUGUUUGGGUGGUCAGUGUGUUUGUGGGUCAGUCCAACGGCGUGAUCACCUGCUUUCGACUCAACGGGCAGACCUUCACACUCACUGUAGGCAGACAGACACACGGACGUGACGUGCGCUUGAUGCUGUGAUCACAUCCACGUACGUGUAUGUGUGUGUCAGGGUCACACGGCGCCUGUCUACGCCCUGCUGAUGCUCGAUGACGUCCUCAUAUCGGGGUCAUGGGACGGUACGCAACCGUCGCAUAGCCGAACCGCCCGCAUCACCAUCCGACCGCACUCAGAUCACACCUGAUUGAUGGAUGCAUCUCCUUCUCUGUCUGUCUUUGUGUCUGUCCAGCCACGGUUCGGUUUUGGAAGUUCGAUGCCGCCUCACAGCAGUUCGGCUGUGUCCAGUCAGUGCCGGUGGGCGCACGAUGCACAUGUAGACACACAGAGGGCAGCGCGCCUUUGCUAUCGAUGCCAUGCCCCAUCUCUCUCUCUCCGUGUUGGUGCCUAUGUUGUGUGCAGGUGUGCAGCGGUGUCAAGGCCAUCGCAAACCACACAACACAGUAAUCACAAAACGGUCGAUUGACCCGAAUGGCAGUGGGUGCGAAGCCCUCACGUGUCGGUCUCUGCGUGUGUGCGCAGGCUGUGGGUUGCGACCAUCGAGAAGAUCCAAGUGCUGGAUCUCUCCAACAACGGCACCAUCGGCGCUGGAUUCGACGUCCCCAAAGUCAUGGUACGCCAGCAAACAGACACACAGAGUACAUCUGGCGGUGUGUGCGUGCGUGUGUGUGUGCGUGCGUGUGUGUGUGUAGGAUUUGCUCCUGUACAGCGGUCCGAGUGGGAGUUUCAUGCUGGCGGUGACCCUGAGCGGCCACAUCAAGGCCUUCAACCUCCAGACGGGCGCGGAGGAAUACGACCAACAACACUCAGGACCCCAGCAGAAGAUCAUGAAACUCGCCGGUACGUACCUGCCCUGCCAAGCCACACACACAUACAGAGAGACAUCAUAGCACCAGUGGAUGUGUGUGUGUGGGUCAGGUCUGAAGGAUCCGUCCGACGGUCAGGAUCUGCUGCUGUUCGCCAAGGACAACGGGUGGAUCACGGCGCUCGAACUGCCCACCAUGAACGGUAUCAGCCCCCCAUCCCCCAUCCCACACACCCCCAAAUGGAAUCCUGUCUUACCAUUGUGUGUGUGUGAUGGCGAUCUGAUCAGAGCGUGGGAGUUUUCGGGCGCACAAUGAGGUUGAGGUCCGUUCGAUGGUCUCCAUACCAGCACUUGGGCUCCUCUUCACCGCCGGCAUGGACGGUAGGUACAGACACGAAGGACCAACACGGUCACACCACCGCAGACGAGGGACUAAACGGUGCUUUUGGUUCUUUUCAGGUUCCGUCGCUGCCUGGAAGUUCGUGCCGGGUGGGACACCUCCUUGCAAGGCAGGUGGUGCCCCAGCCUGGUGAUGGCAUUGCCGACCAUCCCAGCCGUCGGUGCUCCUUGCUGCUAGCCUCACCCCUCUGUCUGUCUGUCUCUGCUGCUUCGCUCGCUCGCUCGCUCGCUCGCUCGACCGCUGCCCGGAGCCUUGCCCCACUCGUGUCGAUACGCCAAUGAGGCCAUCCAUCCAUCCAUCUACACCUCUCUCUCUACACACACACAGCUGCUGUUUUGCUGACAGACUGGGGUGGGACGGGAUGUGGCGGCCUGCGUACGCUUGUGUGUCAGAGAGGGGAGGGGCCGGUUUUCCUUCCAAUCGGUGGAUGGAUCAAUUCAUGUGGUGGGUGAAUCUUGAUCUUGCUCGGCCGGACUGGUGGGACAGCUACCCGCCCAGCCGUGUGUGUGUGUGUGUGUGUCGGUGUGACGGCAUGAGAGGACUCGACACAGGCUGGAUGACAUCAAUCAAUUGACGUGUAUAUGUGUGUAUGAAGAACCGUCUGGCAUUGGCCCUCUCCCUCCCCUGUGUGAUCGAUCCCCCCGUUGUGUUGUCGUCUCUGGAUAAAGAAAGCUCUCUGGGUGUGGU